AUGGGUUUCCUUUGGACCGGCACUUGGAUUGUGGUAUUGGUGCUCCACAGCAGCCCAAUUCAGGCUUUCCCCAAACCGGCAGGCAGCCAAGACAAACCCCUACACAAUAGAGAAUUAAGUGCAGAAAGACCUUUGAAUGAGCAGAUUGCUGAAGCAGAAGCAGACAAGAUUAAAAAAACAUACCCUCCAGAAAACAAGCCAGGUGAAAGCAAUUAUUCCUUUGUUGAUAACUUGAACCUGCUAAAGGCCAUAACAGAAAAGGAAAAAAAUGAGAAAGAAAGACAAUCUGUAAAAAUCUCCCCAAAUGAUAAUAAAUUGAAUGUGGAAGAUGUUGACUCAACCAAGAAUCGAAGACUGAUUGAUGAUUAUGAUUCUACUAAGAGUGGACUGGACCGUAAAUUUCAAGAUGAUCCAGAUGGCCUUCAUCAACUUGAUGGCACUCCUUUAACUGCUGAAGACAUUGUCCAGAAAAUUGCUACCAGGAUUUAUGAGGAAAAUGACAGAGGAGUAUUUGACAGGAUCGUUUCCAAACUGCUGAAUCUUGGCCUAAUUACAGAAAGCCAGGCACACACACUGGAGGAUGAAGUUGCAGAGGUUUUACAAAAAUUGAUCUCUAAGGAAGCCAAUAAUUAUGAAGAGGAACUCAAUAAACCAACAAGCAAGACUGAGAGUCAGACUGUAAAAAUACCAGAGAAAGUGACUCCAAUGGCAGCAAUUCAAGAUGCUUUUACUAGUGGAGAAAAUGAUGAAACAGUAUCUAACACCUUAACCUUGACAAAUGGCUUGGAAAGGAGAACUAAAACCUACAGUGAAGACAACUUUGAGGAACUCCAGUAUUUCCCAAACUUCUAUGCACUACUGAAAAGUAUUGAUUCAGAAAAAGAGGCAAAAGAGAAAGAAACCCUGAUUACUAUCAUGAAAACCUUGAUUGACUUUGUGAAGAUGAUGGUAAAGUAUGGCACCAUAUCUCCAGAAGAAGGUGUUUCCUAUCUUGAAAACCUGGAUGAAACAAUUGCUCUUCAGACCAAGAAUAAACUAGAAAAAAAUGUUACUGACAAUAAGAGCAAACUUUUCCCAGUGCCAUCAGAGAAGAGUCAUGAAGAAACAGACAGUACCAAGGAAGAAGCUGCUAAGAUGGAAAAGGAAUAUGGAACCUUGAAGGAUUCCACAAAAGAUGAUGACCCCAACCCAAGAGGAAAGACAGAUGAGCCCAAAGGGAAAACAGAAGCCUAUUUGGAAGCCAUCAGAAAAAAUAUUGAUUGGUUGAAGAAACACAACAAAAAGGAAAAUAAAGAAGAUUAUGACCUUUCAAAGAUGAGGGACUUCAUCAACCAACAAGCUGAUGCUUAUGUGGAGAAAGGCAUCCUUGAUAAAGAAGAAGCCGAUGCUAUUAAGCGUAUUUACAGUAGCCUGUAA